AUGUUUGCUGGAAUUUACCGUCGAUGUGGUCGACUUGACAGUCGAACACGAAUACGACAAUUCUCUUUAGCUUUUGAUUCAAGACGCCAAUUACGAUUAAAUUCUUCAACAACAAGAACAGCAGCUCCUUUCAAAGCAAGCACCAACUUCUCUGAUGAAAUAGCUACUGAAACAAAAGUGCAAACCAACACCAGACCCAAAGAGACGCUCAUGUACAAUUUAAAUAACUAUAUCAGCACCUUUCCGGAGGAUAGUAUGAUAAACAGCCAAAUAAAUACGUUGAAGCAAUUGCUUUACAAAAAACACCAUUCGCAAACAAUAAAAGUUGGUUUAUUAUAUGCAAACGAUUCAGUCCGCGAGUCGUCUAAAAUUCUUGAAUGUCUUCUUGGUGACCCACUUGCAUCGAAUAAUAAAGUAUGGUUUGAUGCAAUACAGAAUAGAGUAAAGGGCCAAUCGAAAUUCAUUUACAACGGAGAUUCCUUUCACGUAUCAGAAAAUGGAAAUGAAUUCCAUGUACCUGCACCAAUUUUGAGCAGCAUAUACAGAAGUACUUUAUAUAGCGCCACAGAAAAAAACGAAGGACAAGAACAUAAUGUUGUUAAUGAUAUUCUGCUAGAAGAAGUUGACAAAACUAGCAUAAGUGAUAGGCUUGAUGAAUUUGCAUUCUUUAUAUAUGUUACCACUCAUUUUGGUGGAGUUGGAAAUAAUUCUAACUUACCGUUAUUGGUGCAAAACAAGAUCCUCUUGGAGAUCAUUGACAACAUCGAGUACACUCCACAUAGUACUCAAUCAUCGCCUUUAAGGUUGGACAGCUCGCUUCACACACACGUUGUCAAGAUUAAUAGUCAGUUAGCUUAUGAGGGCAUCAUUGCUUUUUUGAAAGAUGACGUGGAAGCUGCCGAUAUUUUAAUCAACAACAUGAGUCAUAGUAACAUUUAUGAGCUAUAUAAAGUGAUUGGGAAAUUUCUGCAGACAAAUACUCUUUGUACUUGGUAUUUGGAUAGCAUUACUUCCAGCGUGCGGAAUGAAUUGACUGGCGACGUAGCCCUUGCUGAAGAUGAAGCUGGAUUCAUGCAAGCAGAGAUUUCAAAUUUUGUCCAAACAGUUAAUGCAGAGCUUCAAUAUAGAUUUGCACCAGACACAAAUCAAUUUGUGCGUAGUAGGUUGUCUUGGUGGAAAUUAUACUACAAAAAUGAUAAUGUUGAAUAUGAUUUAAAGGAUUUUUUCAAUGAACAUUUUAUGAACCAAAGUAUCGAAAGCUACAACUUUUUAAGAGGUCGAAUAUUGUCUGCCGAUGAUAGUAUAGCAGCGGAGAAGAACCCGUUGUUAAAACUUAAGAACGAUGUGAUCAAUAGACGAGUAACAGAAGAAGUUCAGCCAAUGGUCUACUCUAUAAUUAGCAAGGCAUUUGUUUACUACCAGCUACCAAUUACUGUGGUAUCGGCAUUUGCGUAUCAGUUCUUUGACUUUAGUGGCAACGCUAGUAUAGCAUUGCUUGGCCUUGGCUGGGUAGUAGGGUUCAACUAUGUCUCUAGAAAUUGGCUAGCGUUUAUAAAGGCUUGGACCCUGAAUUUAGUUGAAGAUAUACGAGUGUGUAUCAGUACUCAAUGUGUCAACAAUGGGCUUAUGAGAGAAUCAAACAUCCAAACAGAGAAGGAAAAAGCGGCAAACAUUGCUCGUCGCAAGAUUCUUCGAGAAUUAGAAAAUGCUUAA